CAUUGGUCCUUCCCAUUUGGACUACUGGAGCUUCCUCUAAAGUUAACUGGGCAAUAGGUUUUUGACUCAUUUCUCUUAUAAAAGUGCCAGAUUCAGCAGAGUUAUAAAAGAAACAGAAAGAGCUCUUCUUCAUCAAGCCAGGACAACUUUACUGAAGUUCAUUCUUUUUCAGCCAUGGCUAUGAAGAGCAUUGUAUUCCUCUUGAUUGGUUUGGCACUUUUGUCUGGACCAUGUUUAUCAAGCUCCCUUGGAAAGAAAUUUGUCACAGCCUUCCUAAACAACUUAAAUCAAAACCAACGCAAUACAAAGUUUGUGCUGCACAUUACUGGAUAUCACCCUGCAACCAACGUCACAGUGACAGCAAACAGCAUUAUGGAACCGAAAACCAUUUUUAUUACCAAAGGAGAAACAUUUCUGAUGGAAUUUCCAGAAUCCCUGGAGAUCUUGCAGAGCGAAAUCUCUGACAAGACAGUUUGGAUCCAAGCAGACAAAGAGAUCUCUGUGUUUGCCCAAAAUAAUAAGGAUUACACAACGGGUGCCACAGUCGUGUUCCCAAUCCAUCAAUUAGGAACUCUGUAUUACGUGGUAACUCCGGAGGGCAACAUACAGAAUACAUUCAAGGAAUUUGCAGUUGCUGCCCAUGAAGUUCCUACUAGAGUUGAUAUUCAAUUGCAAGGGACAGUGAAAUUUAAAGGAAAGGUUUAUCGUGCAGGGGACAAGCUCACAGUUGACCUUCAAGCCUUUCAGACCAUCCAGAUUCAAAGCUCAGAUGAUUUAUCCGGCACCCUGGUUGAAUCCAAUGCAACGGUGGCUGUCUGGAGUGGACAUAGCUGUGCCAUGAAGCACACACAUUGUGACCAUGUCAUUGAACAGCUCUUGCCUGUUUCCAGCUGGGGAACCAUGUUCCUUGUCCCUCCUCUGUCCUUCCAGAGGCGUUACGACAUUGUGUAUGUAACUGCUUCUCAGCCUACUUCCUUGUCUUACCAGUCUGGGUCAAAUAAAAACUCUUAUCAAAUGGAAACUGGAGAGAUUCUCAGGCUAUACGUUCAUCCCUCUAGGCCACUUUAUAUAUUGGCUGACCAUGGCGUCCAAGUCCUUUUUUUCUUCACUGGGUCUGUCAGAGGAAGUCAAUUGUAUGACCCAUUCCUCCUCAACAUCCCUGCUGUUACAAGCUAUUGCAACUCAUACCAUAUAGAUGGAAUGAGUUCGUUCAAUAAUUAUGCUGUCAUCCUAGCCAAAACCAAAGAGUCAGGUGAAAUCACACUAAACCAAAAGGCCACCAAUAACAUCCGUUGGAGACCAAUUCCUGGCAUGGAAUAUUCUUGGGCUGAGUACAACUUGGGCAGAAGAGCAGCUUCUGUCUCCCUAGAGCACCCAAGCACCCCUUUUGGACUCUUCCUCAUUGGGCUAUCAGAACGGAAUGGUUACGGAGCUGUGGCGCUUUGUUCAUCCUCCUCCCCCAGCUGUCCAGCUAAUAGUCACCAUGAAGACUGUGCCGAUAUCUGCUCCACCAAAUGUGCCGGAUACACAGAUCUUGGACCGUGCCCACAAUCCUGCAAUGCAGGCUGCCAGUGCGACGAUGGCUUUCUCUUUGAUGGCGUUAGCUGUGUUUCUCCUGAGAACUGUGGGUGCUUUGUGAAUGCAGGCCAACUCAAGCCCAAUGAAACAUUUCUGCUGAACGAGUGCCAAAAGAUCUGCACCUGUAUCCCAGAACAGGGUCUAAAAUGUGAGACUCACAGCUGUGCUGCCAAUGAGACUUGUGAUUUGCAAAAAGGAGCCCUGAGUUGUGUUUCCAAUGUCCCCUUAUCCUGCCCUGAGAACAGCUACUAUGAGGCCUGUGGAACUGCCUGCCCUGAAACCUGUUCUGACCGCACGGCUCCUUUGACAUGCAAGGAUACCUGUGUUCCCACCUGCCAAUGUAACAAGGGCUAUGUUCUUAGUGCUGGUGAAUGUGUCCCAGUGGAGACCUGCAACUGCACUUAUCAAGGUGCAACUUACAAGGCAAAGGAGGAGUUCUGGGUUGGCGAAGACUGUCAUACUCUCUGCAAGUGUGACCCCACAUUAGGCAAGGUUGUGUGUGAAGAAGAUUCCUGCAAAGGCAACAAAAAGUGUAUGAUGGUCAAUGGGGUCCGGGGCUGUCAUGCCCUCGAGCACUACACCUGCAUAGGAACUGGAGAUCUUCACUACACCACCUUCGAUGGGAAGAAAUUCGAUUUCAUGGGAACGUGUAUUUACCAGAUGGCGGGGCUCUGCUCAGAAGACCCUACCCUCACCCCAUUUUUGGUCAGCGUGGAGAAUAACAACCGAGGCAACAAAGCAGUGUCCUUCACUAAAGUGGUGACCCUGGAGGUAUACAACAUGACCAUCAGUCUGAGCCAAGAUUAUCCAAACAAGAUUCAGGUCAAUGGAAUCUUUGCCGAGCUACCUUUCUCCUAUGAAAAUAAAAUCACCGUCUACACCAGUGGAGUCCAUGGCUUCAUCAAAACAGACUUUGAUCUGAAAGUCAGCUUUGACUGGUACAGCUAUGCCAGGGUCAUUCUUCCCAGAACAUAUGCCAAUGCUGUCUGUGGGCUCUGUGGCAAUGCCAAUCAGGAUCCCAGUGAUGAUUUUGCCAUGAAAGAUGGCAUUGAAGCCAGCGAUGAAAUCCAAUUUGCAAACAGCUGGUUGCUGAAGGAGUUCCCAGGAUGCUCAGGAGGAUGUACUACUGAUUGUCCAGUAUGCCAGGAAACAGAAAAACAGAUCUAUAAGGGGGACCAGUAUUGUGGGAUCCUUGUUAGAAUGGAUGGGCCAUUCAAGCUAUGUCAUGCAGCCAUUGACCCAAUGUCCUACUUUGAAGAUUGUGUCUUUGACACCUGUGCAUACAAAGGUCACCAUGACACACUCUGCAAUGCCAUCGCUGCCUAUGUGACAGCAUGCCAUAAUCUUGGUAUUCAGAUUGGGCAGUGGAGAUCAGCUUCUUUCUGCAGCCUUACCUGUCCCCAGCAUUCUCACUAUGAGCUCUGUGGAAAUAGCUGCCCUGCUAGGUGUCACAAUGUCUCUUCGGAAACAUGUGAGGCAUGUACAGAAGGAUGCUUUUGUGAUUCAGGAUUCCUCCUCAGUGGGGAUGAAUGCAUCUCUCAGGAAGAAUGUGGCUGUGUGCAUUUUGGUAGAUACUACAAGAAGGGAGACGAAUUCUACUCUUCCACCUCCUGUGAGGAGUGCCAAUGCAUGGAUCACGGCACUGUCAACUGCCAGCAAUUCUCCUGUGGAUCUCAUGAGGUCUGCAUUGUGGAGAAUGGCAUUCUGGGUUGCCAUCCCAUUGGAUAUGGGACUGUGGUGGCAUUUGGAGGCAUUCACUGUAUAUCUUUUGAUGGGGCAAUUGUUGGAUUUUAUGGCAAUUGCACCUAUAUCUUAGCCAAGGUCUGCAGCAAGGAUCCACAGGUAGCGAAUUUCUCUGUGUCGGUGGAAAACGAGAAGCUUGAUGGUGAUCCCUUGACGCUAAUAAAGGCUGUUGUCGUCUCUGUUCAUGGAUAUACCAUUGUACUGGAGAGAACAGUGAAAUGGAAGAUUAUGGUUGAUGGAAAGUCUUAUACUCUGCCAGUGAACAAAGAGAAUGGAAAACUCUGGAUCACUCAGGAGGGGAAUAACAUCAUUGUGCAAUCCUCCUUUGGCCUCACGGUCCUCUAUGACACUUCUUACUUCGUCCGUGUGUCUGUGCCUAGCAACUACCAGGGACACAUGUGUGGCCUGGGAGGCAACUUCAAUGGAGACAAGAGGGAUGAUUUCAUGCUACCCAAUGGAGUACUCACUGAAAACAAUGAAGAGUUUGUAGCCUCUUGGAAGGUCCCUGUGGAUGGUGCCAUUUGCUUUAAUGGCUGUGGAGAGAGAUGCCCCACCUGUACGCCAACGAAGGCUGAAUCAUACAAGGCUGAGAGUUCCUGUGAAAUGAUCCUGUCCAAAUCCGGCCCAUUCAGACAUUGUCACUCCUUGGUGAGCCCUGCUGCGUACUUUGGGCAGUGUAUCUUUGACAUUUGUGCGGCUGACAGGACACAAGAAUCUGUCUGUCAGAGUCUUCAGACCUAUGUGACUGCGUGUCAAGCAUCUGGAGCCAAGAUUGAAGCCUGGAGAACAGCCUCUUUCUGCCCUCUCGCCUGCCCACCCAACAGCCAUUACGAGAUCUGCUCUUCACCCUGUGUCACUAGCUGUGCCAGUUUGUCCACUUAUGUCCAGUGCACAAAGAAUUGCUUUGAAGGCUGUGAGUGUGAUGAAGGCCAUAUGUCUGAUGGGGAGGCCUGUGUGCCUAUUAAGAGGUGUGGCUGUGUACAUGAGGGACUCUAUCUCAAGGCUGGAGAGAGCAUCAUCUCAAACAACUGCACUGAGAAGUGUACCUGUAGCAGUAUCUCUAGUCAGCUCACCUGUGAAAAAGUGAAUUGCCCAUCUGGAGAAACCUGUACAUGUACAGAUAGGAUUCACAUAUCUGAACAGGGAGAAGGCCAGUGCGAGAUCUCCCCAAAAGCCCAGCUUAAUUCUUUCGAUGGUGCCUCUGGACAUUUCCUCUGCAGCGGGGUCUACAAUUUGGCUCUUCUUUGCAAUGAUCAUGCCAUCUCUUGGUUCAGGGUCUCGGUCCACAUUGGAAAGGACAGUGAUGAUGGACCAGUUGUUGGGGAGGCCAUCUAUGUCUUCUUCCAAGAUACAUUUAUCACCAUGAAAAAUAGCACGAUCUGGGUAAAUGGACACCCAGUAUGGCCGCCAUACAACAAAAAUGCUGUGUCUGUGAGCCAGAUUCAGGAUGGGACUAUGGUUGAUCUGGAUUCGCUGGUGCAAGUUCACCUUCAUCACAAUGGAGAAGUGAUGGUGAAAGUCAAGGAGACCCUUGCUGGGAAGCUGUGUGGCCUGUGUGGAAACUUCAAUGGGGACAAGUUUGAUGAUUUGAAGCUGCCCACCGGGGAGUCAGAGGAGGAUACUGCUGAAUUCCUUCAUGCUUGGAAGGCCAAGGACUUAUAAAGGUUCUAUAUGGACAUUUGCUCAAGACCUGCACAUUGGCUUCUCUUUCUUUGGCCUUCUUCUGGAAGUGACGUGUGACGCUUUGGAUUCACACCAAAUGAAUAGACAUUAAGAAGAACAUGCAUGUCCCAUGAAAAUAUCAUUUCAUUAUUGUUUCCCACUUCCAUCAUUCUGUAACCAGGAAUAGAAAAAAAAUGUUGAGCCUCUAAAGGGGUUAUUCUGGUCUUGGACAUGUUCAAGAGCAAUGGCCUUUGAAUUGGAGUGAUCUCAUUCCAAAUUCUUUCAGUUCCCAAAAUAAAAUUAAAAUGUAUCAGAGCUGUUUCAUACUACAUAACAGCAAUAUGAUUCUAUUUUUUAUUUCCAUGGUAACAUUUCAUAGAAUCCUGGGUGAGAGCUUUUCAACAGUGGAACUCUCCGCCCCAGUGUGUGGUGGAGGCUCCUUCUUUGGAGUCUUUUAAGCAGAGGCUGGAUGGUCAUCUAUCGGGGGUGCUUUGAAUGCGAUUUUCCUGCUUUUUGGUAGGGGGUUGGACUAGAUGGCCCAUGAGGUCUCUCCCAACUCUAUAUUCUAGGUGUUGUAGCAUGUUGAGGCACUAGAUAUUAACAUUCUGAAUAUCUCUCUACUGCACAUGUCUAAUAUGAAUGGGACAUUGGUUACUUUCCGGCUUGACACUCCUCUUCAUUGCAUAUGAGAAACUGAAUUUAUAUAAGUGAGAGCUCAAAAUAAAAUUAAAAAUUUAUUCUUAAUACUGUCAAAUCUUCCCCCAAAUCCCUCUCUUCUUGUUUUUAUGGCACAACAAGGACUCUUAAUCCUCAGAUGAAUACAUUCCCAAAUCAGAUAUGCUCCAGUAUUUUUGCAAGACAUUGUAUAAUUCAUAAAUAUACCAUAGCUUUUUCAAAUGACUUUUUGCUGUGUUCUGCACUGAAAGUGUUUUUGGAGGAAGUAUUAUAUUGAGAUCUAGGGGAUAAUGAGUAACACAUUGAAUGACCUUGGGUAGAAUUGGUGCACUUUGACACCACUUCAACUGUCAGGACUCAAUGUUAUGGAAUCAUUGGCUGAAGCAUCACCACUCCUUGCAGACAAAGCUAAAACCCCUGCAAAAUUACAACUCUCAGGAUGGUAUAGGAUUGACCCAUGGCAGUUAAAGUGGUGUGAAACGACAUUAAUUCUUCAGUUUCGAAAUGCCUUUACUAGUCCGUCAAGAUGGGUUUUGGAGAUACUUAUUAGCAGUUCAUCUGAAGAUUCCUCAGAACAAAGGCAAAUAUGGUAUCUAUUAAAACUAGAGUUCAGAAGGACUGUAUCAUGUCAAAGAAAGAUAUGCAGAGGCAUGGAAGAAACGCGGUGCUUUAGAUCAUGUUGGAUUACCGUUUCCAUCAUCUCUCAGCAUAGGCUAUGUAGGUGAGAACAAAUAGUCCAAAAUAACCCGCAAGGACACAAAAGGCCCUAAGGCAAAGUCCCGAAGGUCCGAGCUGAUCCGGUUGUCCUUGUGCUCAGAAGAAACAGUCCAUGGUGUGGUCAGUAACAUAUUCAUCCACUUGGAAUACCCAGCGACCUGGGUAAUUCACAUUGCUUAUUUUUGUUAUAUUGAGAAUAUCAGAGGUCCGGGAACCAGGCAUGAUAUAGUAAUUUGUCUUGUCUCCAUUGUCAAAUCCAGCCUAGAGCAGAAAACAAAGAAGAAAUAUAUUUUUACAACACAGUAGAACAUAUUCAAGAUAGCACAUGCUCCUUUUGUUUGUGUGGAUGUGUACAAUGUGUGACCGUUGGUCUCAAUGGCAAUAAGAUGCAGAUUUGCAUAUGCAUCCUUCUCACCUUGUUCUUUCCCUCUAUCAAUUGAUUGAUUCCAUUGAGCUAUUUAUCUAUCCAUCCCUCUAUCUAUGGAUCCUUUAAUCCAGAGCUGGAAAGGAAUGAAACUACCUGCAUGGUGCAAAUUUUGCUCAAAGCUACCUGUGCUGGGAUUCCUCCAAGGCCUGUCUUAGCAUCUCCACCACUCGAUGUCCCCGUGGUCCACUGAAUAUCUGCAUAAUUCAAUGUGAUGAAGGAUAAUUCCUCAUUGGUGGUCAAGACAGCCUGAAAGGUGUUGACCUGAAAUAGCAAAGAAAGAAAUGAGAAAGUAGGGAUUGAAUACAACUGGACUUUUUUUGCACAUGGUAGGGCACAUCCAUUCUAUAGUGACAACAGUGAGAACGUGAGAGCAACAACAGUGCAUUCCCUGUGCUAAGCCUCAACAAAAGUGUAAAGAAGUAUGAAUUUUUGGUUUACAGAUGUUAUGUUUAAUUGUGUGUUUGUGUUUUAAAAGGGUAAGUAUUACAGUUAUUGCAUCUCAGCACUCAGAGGCUGGUUGCCAUGGAGAAGUAGGCGGAGCCAACUGCCAUUUUGUUGAAGAAGUGCAGAGUUUUUAAAAAGGGGGAUUCAGUCUGUGCUCUGAUGAGGCACAGGGAAGAUUGAUCCUAGGUUGAGGGGAUCAAGGAGACUCAAUUGUUCAUUUUUGAGUCGGUUUAAAAUAAGUUUGGUGACUUAUUUAAUGUAGUCUGUGUCCUGGUAAGGGACAGAUAAUCUGUGAUCAUAUAUCACAGGGUGACUGCGGUUUAAAAGUAGCAGAGGAAGAAGUUCUAACUACUUUAAGUAAAAGAAAUGACACUUUAGGGAGUUUGACUCACCUCAUUCUAGUAUUGUAACUGUUAAUAAAAGUGCCUCUAAGUGAGAAACAACAUUGUAACCACUAAGCUCUGUGCCUGAAUAAACUUGUUAUUGUUCCUCCAAUA